CCCCCUCUCCGUCACGGCGGCUGUGCCGCCACUACAGCCAGCGGGAGGAGGAGGAGGAGGAGGAAGAGAGGCAGGCAGGCAGGUCCGACGGCCCUCUUGGGUACCCCCAGCGGCGAGGCGGGCGAGGGGAAAGAUGGCGACGCUGGGAGGCGAGUCGCAGCCCUUCCCCGCCACGGCUCUGGCGGCGGCAACGGCUGGGGUGGGCGGCGGCGGGUCCCUGGGCUUGCAGGCGCCGCUGAACCGCGGUCUGGAGCGGGCGCUGGAGGAGGCGGCGCAUUCCGGGGGGCUCAACCUGAGCGGCAGGAAGCUGAAGGAAUUCCCGCGCAGCACCGCCGCCCUCAGCCACGAUCUCUCCGAUACGGUGCGGGCAGAUUUAUCCAAGAAUAGAUUAACAGAGGUUCCUACGGAGUUGUGCCAUUUUGUGUCACUGGAAACACUAAAUCUAUACCACAAUUGUAUUAAAAUUAUACCAGAUGCCAUAGUAAACUUGCAAAUGCUCACUUACUUAAAUUUGAGUCGAAAUCAACUUUCUUCUUUGCCAGCUUGCCUGUGUGGUCUUCCUCUAAAAGUCUUAAUUGCAAGUAACAAUAAGCUAGGUUCCCUUCCAGAAGAGAUAGGUCAGCUAAAACAGUUAAUGGAACUGGAUGUUAGCUGUAAUGAAAUCACAGCUUUGCCACAACAGAUAGGCCAACUGAAAUCUUUAAAAGAACUAAAUGUCAGAAGAAAUUACCUCGAAGUUUUACCCCAAGAACUUGUACAGCUUCCCUUAGUAAAGUUUGACUUUUCCUGCAAUAAAGUGCUUGUAAUUCCAGUAUGUUUUAGAAAGAUGGUGCAGUUACAAGUAUUACUGCUUGAGAAUAAUCCUUUGCAGUCUCCACCAGCACAAAUUUGUACAAAGGGUAAGGUGCAUAUAUUCAAAUAUCUGACUGUACAGGCCUGUCAGAUUAAAACAGCAGACUCACUGUAUCUUAAUGCCAUAGAACAACAGCAUUUGCCACAACCCGUGGAAGAGAGCAUUGAUGACAUCUAUCCAAGUAAAAAGGACUCAGAUUCAGGUGUUGGUAGUGAUAACGGUGAUAAACGUUUGUCAGCAACAGAGCCAUCUGAUGAAGACACUAUCAGCUUUAAUGUACCAAUGUCGGACAUUGUGGAAGAAGAUCAUGUUGUAAAGGAAGAUUCAAGUCACCAUGCUAACUCAAGAAAAGUGGAAUUCCAUCAAGUAUCUUCUCACUUGAUUGUCAGUGAUAAGUCAAGAGAAAUAGAAGACCAGUUUGAUGAAUCAGAUACUCUUACUACUGAAUUUAUGAGUUACAUUAAGAGUAGAGCAGCAGAGUGUAAUGAAUUGUUGAGAAUAGAAGAGGACACACAAUGGCACACAGAAGAAAUAAUAAGUUUAUCAGAAGAACAAACUAUUGAUAUAGCAAUGAUAGAGCAACUAAGAGAAGCAGUAGAUUUAUUACAAGAUCCCAACAGAUUAAGCAUGGAUAUUUCAGAGAGCAGUGAUGUGAAUCUGUAUCCCAUGGAACCAACAACAGCUUUAGAAUUUCAGGAAUCUACAGUAAACGGUCAAAUGCAGAUGGAGAUGUCUUCCCUUGGUCAGAGAGAAAAUGCUGAAGAGGAACUAGAAUUUCAGAGAAGGAGGGAGUUGAUUAUGGAGAAAGCAAAGUCUGAAAUGAGACCUUGUGAACAGGGUGAAAAAUGGUCAUUGAGUCAGAAUGAUCGAGUUGUUUGGAAUACAAGUGGACAAACUUCUCAUAAUGAGAACAAGGAUAAAAGUCCAACAAUGUCUCCUACUACAAACACCACAAUCCCUUUUGGCUUGAAGCCACGAUCAGUGUUCUUAAGACCACAAAGAAAUUUGGAAUCAAUAGAUCCACAAUUUACAAUUCGAAGGAAAAUGGAACAGAUGAGAGAAGAGAGAGAGCUUGUGGAACAGCUACGCGAGAACAUUGAAACAAGACUAAAGAUUUGUUUGCCUGAAGACCUGGGGUCUGCUCUGAUGGAUGGUGUAGUUCUCUGCCAUUUAGUAAAUCAUGUUCGUCCGCGGUCUGUAGCAAGUAUUCAUGUACCUUCACCAGCAGUACCUAAACUUAGCAUGGCCAAAUGCAGAAGAAACGUGGAAAACUUUCUGGAUGCAUGUAGAAAACUGGGAAUUCCAGAGGAGAAGCUCUGCCUGCCACAUCACAUCCUAGAAGAAAAGGGCUUGGUAAAAGUGAGCAUAACAGUUCAAGCACUGCUAGAUGUAACCACAACGAAACAAGCUUUAUUCACAUGAAACUCCUCUCUGCUGUUACCAGCUCCACUGUGCCAUCAAAGAGUCAAAAUACUGCCCAGCUUUUUAAACUGCAUUGAAAACAACCCAGUGCUCCAAGAGUAUUCUUGUAAUUGAUUUCAAAAUUACCUGUCAGACUGUACCUGUGCAUCCAAUGACAAACCAGAAACUAAACGGAAACAUUUCCUAGAGCAAGUUGGCACUUCACUGCUUUUUAUAGCUCACUUUGUACAGUACUUACUGAAACAGUCACCUCUCUGCCACUUACAGAUGUGUGGAGUCCACAGCUGUCUUGCAGCAAGAUACCUUUGUACUAUUAACCUAAGAAUCACUGUAGUCAUGAUGGGGAGGGAGGGUAAAUCAGACUUGUACCACUUUAGGUUUUUCUGCAGUUGCUUCAGGCUAUGAUUGCCUUUUAAAAAUAUCCAGACAUCAAAUAUUUAUAUAAAUAUUAUUUAUUAGUGAGUUGUUAUUCAUCCUUUGGAUGCAAAAAUGUAAAUUAGGAAACUGUAUUUUAUUACUGCUUUUUUGUGGUUAAACACUUUAUUUUAAUAUAAAUAUUGAGUUAUUUUUUAUUCUACUUGGUGUGCAGUAGCUCUAGAUCUCCAUAAACUGUACUUUCUAAUACGUAAGAGAGAAAAAAGCAAACACAAGAGGUGCUUUUCUGAAAAAGACAGCGAGCUGGAAUGCCAUUCUUGAUCUCUUGAAUUUGUGGAACAUUUUUGUCAGCAUUCCAUUGAGUUUCCUACAUUCCAGUAGCACUUUUCCCCCCGACUAGUGAAUUGGCUAAAACUGAGAGCACACCCAUUCUAGUUGUAUAUAAAUGUUUAAAAAACACAAAGGAAAAAUGUAAACUUGAAAAGUAAAUGUGAAUGAGUAUUUUUGAUCGCUUAUUUUACUAUGCACAAGACAUUUAACUUUUUCCUCAAGAAAAUGAACAAUGUGCAUUAGGAUCAUGUGUCUUGAGAUAGGAUUUUGCACUGUAACUUGAUUUCUUUUAAAGACUACAGCACUACAGAACAAAUAGUAAGAAACAGCACAAGAACAGUAACGAGAAGAGUCACCAGGUAGCCAAAACUGAUUUGUUUUCUUCAGAGAUUCCAGGGGAGAUAAAGUUAUUAAAAUUGCCAAAGGCAGACUCAAAGACCUGAUCUUCCACAUCUAUUUGCUGGAUCCAGGUCUUCUCCUUAUGGUCUCCAUCAGUUCCCCACAGAACUAAGCACAAUGUUCUGCAGUGGAUGUUUUUGGGAUCAGACCUCUUAUCCCACAUCAGCAAUAGAAAAUAAGGUUCUUGUUCUUAUUAAUACUUCAAAGUAUCAUUUUUUUGUUAAAACAUCACAUAUUUUAGAUCAAGAAGUUCCAUUCUUGCCAUGCCUGGAACAUCUGUUUUCCUUUCCUAUGAGAAGCUUAGGGAUGUAACUUCAGCAGGCGGGGCAGGAAAACUGAAUGUGGGGAAGAGAAGAGCUCGGGGUCAGUGGUGAAUGCAGGCAGGGAGUUGGAUAUGUGUAAUGAUAAAAAAGAAUCAGGGUGGUGGUGGGAGGACUAAAUAUUUAAGCAAGAGAAUGGGGAGAGGACUAUUGUAUAAAGACUUUUGGGAAGGGUGAUGCAUACCUGUCACAGAAACACUGUGCUUAAACCCAUCAGUAUUCCAACAGUAGGUUUAUAAGGGUUAAUACAGUGUUUGAAUGCAAACUUCUGUGAUUAGUACCACAAAUCGGGUAUGUAGUGACAGCAGUGUGUCAGGUGGAGGAAGGUGGGCUCAAAGCCAACAAAGCAUAGUUUAUGCAUGGAAUAUCCAGUUACUUCAACCAAAGCAAAAGAGUUUAUUUUACAGAGGGAACAUUAACUUCAACUGUAAUUUUCUGAUUGGCAGCUAGCAUAUGGUUUCCUAUAAAAUGUACUGUGCACUUUAACACUAAAUUAAAAUGUAUUUUAAUAUUUUACAGAGCUGCACAAAUAUCUGUUUUGUCAAAAAGCACGAGCAAUGUAAAGAAAAUAAGUUUUCAAGUCAGAGUUUAUCAAAUUUUAAAUGCAUUCACAGAUCAAGUAUAAAAAAUAGGAGUAUUGAUUUCUGCAUCUUGAGGGAUAAAAUGCAGGUUUCCUGAGUAUUUUUUUACAAUGUAUAUAUGGCAACAUGAAGCUUUGUAAUUAUUAUUUUGACAAAUCUUGGUUUUUUUCAUAAUUAAAAUUUUUGUUUUCUCCUGAUAGUGUCUUUCAGUAUUUGCUUGAAGUUGGCUGUAAAUAAAGAGCUCUAAAUAUUUUGUAAUACAGCUUUUUUUAUGCAGUCUUAACCUGUAUGGCUGAAAGGAGAACCUCCAUCAACCUUUGUACCCUAUUUGUAUGUGCAAUAAAACAUGCAUGGCAAAGCUCUACUACCCUAAGCAGCACACACAAUGUAUAUAGACGAUCUCUACUGUAGCUACAAUUAAACUCUAUUAUUUG